AACCGGCACCUCUCCAUCCGGGACAGUUUUCUGGGAUGCAAAGGAACGGCUGCUCUAAUGGCUGACUGGGUGGAAGCACUGGAUUGACUGAUUCUGAUGUUGGCAUCUCUGAUAUUGUGAACUCUUGACUCUGUACAAUACUUGAAGGAAAGAAACUCAAGGCCAGUUUGUCUGGGGACCAGUCACGAUGUCUAAGACCAGAGAGUCGGUGAAGGUGGUGGUUCGCUGUCGACCCAUGAAUGAGAAGGAGCGAGCAGCUAACUUUGAGAGGGUGGUGCAGGUGGAUGUGAAACUGGGCCAGGUGGCCGUGCGAAACCCCCGGGGGGCUGCAGCCCACGAACACCCCAAGGUCUUUACAUUUGACUCUGUGUACGACUGGAACUCCAAACAGGUGGAUCUCUAUGAUGAAACCUUCAGGCCCCUGGUGGACUCUGUCUUACUUGGUUUCAAUGGGACCAUAUUUGCGUACGGCCAGACGGGUACAGGAAAGACCUACACUAUGGAGGGGGUGCGCAAUGACCCAGAGAGAAGGGGUGUAAUCCCCAAUUCCUUUGAGCACGUCUUCACACACAUCUCCCGCUCCCAGAACCAGCAGUACCUGGUGAGGGCCUCGUACCUGGAGAUCUACCAGGAGGAGAUCAGGGACCUGCUGUCCAAGGACCAGUCCGGCCGGCUGGAGCUGAAAGAGAGGCCAGACACAGGUGUAUAUGUCAAGGACCUCUCCUCCUUCGUCACUAAGAGUGUACGAGAAAUAGAGCAUGUCAUGAACGUGGGGAACCAGAACCGCUCAGUGGGCUCCACCAAUAUGAAUGAGCACAGUUCCCGGUCACAUGCCAUUUUCGUCAUUACCAUCGAGUGCAGCGAGCUCGGUGUCGACGGAGAGAACCACAUUCGAGUGGGCAAACUGAACCUGGUGGACCUGGCUGGCAGUGAGAGGCAGACCAAGACAGGAGCCCAAGGAGAGCGCCUGAAGGAAGCCACCAAGAUUAACCUGUCCCUGUCAGCCUUGGGGAAUGUCAUCUCUGCCCUGGUGGAUGGCAGGAGCACCCACAUCCCCUACCGCGACUCCAAGCUCACCCGUCUGCUACAGGACUCCCUGGGGGGCAAUGCCCGCACAGUCAUGGUGGCUAACAUCGGACCAGCAUCUUACAACGUGGAGGAGACACUGACCACAUUACGCUACUCAAACCGGGCCAAGAACAUUAAGAACAAGCCCCGCGUCAACGAGGACCCUAAAGAUGCUCUGCUCAGAGAGUUCCAGGAAGAGAUUGCUCGACUCAAAGAACAGUUGGGGAAACGCUCAGGGAAAAAGAAGAAGAAGAGAAGGGGGUUUGGAGAAGCUGGGGAUGAACUACAAGAGGACAUAGAGGAUGGAGAGACGGAGGAGGAUGAUGAUGAUGAUGGUGUAGAACCAUCUGAUAAAGUGGGUGCAGAUUAUUGGCGUGUACAGCAGGAGAAGUUGGAGAGGGAGAGGAAGGCCAUCAUGGAGGAUCACAGUCUGGUGGCGGAGGAGAAACAGAGGCUGCUAAAGGAGAAGGAGAGGAAGAUGGACGCCCUGAAAAAGGAGCAGGAAGCAGGCGAGAUGCUUACUGCCAAAGUGAAGGCAAUGGAGAGUAAGCUUCUGAUGGGAGGGAAGAACAUUGUGGACCACACCAACGAACAACAAAGGAUCCUGGAACAGAAGAGACAGGAAAUUGCUGAACAGAAACGCAGAGAGAGGGAGAUGAAACAGCAGGUGGAGAAUCGUGACGAGGAGACCCUGGAGUUGAAGGAGACGUACAGCUCUCUACAACAGGAAGUAGACAUCAAGACCAAGAAGCUGAAAAAGCUGUUUGCGAAGCUGCAGGCAGUGAAAACAGAGAUCUAUGAGGUCCAGGAGUUGCACAUCAAGGAGAGACAGGAGCUGGAACAGACCCAGAACGAGUUGACCAGGGAUCUCAAACUCAAGCAUCUCAUCAUUGAGAAUUUCAUCCCCAUGGAGGAGAAGAAUAAGAUUGUGAACAGGGCGUUGUUCGACGAGGAGGACGACCACUGGAAGAUGCGUCCCAUCACACGCAUAGAGGAUGACCAGCAGAUGAUGACCAGGCCAGUGUCAGCGGUGGGCUACAGAAGACCCCUGAGUCAGCACGCCCGCACGUCCAUGGUGAUGAUGGCUGACGUCAGAUACAAGUCUGAGAAUAUCCUGAUGCUGGAGAUGGACCUUCCUGCUCGGACCACUAAGGAGUACGAGGGGCCAGUCAUAGCGCCCACGGUAGCAGCAGCGUUGGAGGAUGCUCUGCGGGAAGAGGAUGCGAUCCAGGUGGACGCCUCCAGGUUCCACAGCAGCCUCGAACCCACCAGCACUGGGGCAGUCAAGAAACCAAAGUCUGGCCGCACCAAUGUCAGAGGAAACAGUGUACAGCUGGUGAUCGAAGUCAGCUUGCAGGCGCACAGCCCCGCCACAAGGAGUCGCUAGAGUGCGAUGAUACAAGAAAAUCCCGGCCGGCCAAACCCUCCCAUAACCCGGACGAUGCUGGGCAAAUUGUGCGCCGUCUCAUGGGUCUCCUGGUGAUGGCUGACUGUGACACAGCCUGGGAUCGAACCCGGAGCUGUAGUGAAGCCUCCAGCACUGCUGCGCCACUCGGAAGGCCCAGCUGCAGAGGGCCCAUGCCAAAUCUUUUCAGCCUCCUGACAACUGUUGGUGUGUGGACCAUGAUAAUUCCUUAGUGAUUAGGUGUUUUAAUCCCAGGGUCCUUAGCUAGUGCUAAGCAUUCCAACGUGUUCCUUUUUGUCCAGAAGGGAAAUGGAAGUGUGGAGUGCAAUCGAGAUUGUAUCAUCUAUGGAUCUGUUGGAAUGCGAAUUGGAGUGGGUCCAGGCUGUGAACCAUAACCAGCCUUUCAAAGCUUUUCAUGGCUAGAAAUGUGAGUGCUACACGGCGAUAGUCAUUUAGACAUGUUACCUUGGCGUUCUUGGGCACAGAGACUUUGGUGGUCUGCUUGAAACAUGUAAGUAUUACAGACUGAGUCAGGGAGAGGUUGAAAAUGUCAGUGAAGACACUUGCCAGCUGGUCAGUGCAUUUUGAGUUCUGGUAAUCCGGCUGGCCCUGCAGCCUUGUGAAUGUUUAACGUGUUUAAAGGUCUUCCUCACAUCGGCUACGGAGAGCGUGAUCACGCAGUUGUCCGGAACAGCUGGUGCUGUGUUGCUUGCCUCAAAGCAAGGUAUUUAGCUCGUCUGGUAGACUCUCGUCACUGGACAGCUCGCGGCUGGGUUUCCCUUUGUAAUCCAUGAUAGUUUGCAAGCCCUGCCACCUCUGAGCGUCCGAGCCGGUUUAAUAGGUUUUGAUCUUGGUCCUAUAUUUACGUUUUGCCAGUUCGUUGGAGGGCGUAGAAGAAUUUCUUAUAAGCGUCCGGAUUAGUGUCCCGCUCUUUGAAAGGGGGAGCUCUAGCCUUUAGCUCAGUGCGGAUGUUGCCUGUAAUCCAUGGCUUCUGGCGUCCGUCCCCCCGCCUCUAGUUGCACAGGUGACAUGCUGGUAGAAAUUAGGUCAAUGAUUUUCAGUUUCCCUUCAUUAGUCACUGGCCACUAGGCAUUAGUCACUGGCAUUUUCUUAUUUAUUACCUUUAUUUAACUAGGCAAGUCAGUUAAGAACAAAUUCUUAUUUUCAAUGACAGCCUAGGAACAGUGGGUUAACUGCCUGUUCAGGGGCAGAACGACAGAUUUGUACCUUAUCAGCUCGGGGGUUUGAACUUGCAACCUUCCAGUUACUAGUCCAACGCUCUAACCACUAGGCUACCCUGCCGCCCUAUACCGCUCUUUGAGUGUGGUCUUAGUGGUGGUAAAUGGACAGCUACAAAAAAUAAACUCUCUUGGUAAAUAAUGUGGUGCGUGGGUCAGCUGUUUAUUUAGCUGCACCCACCCACAAUUGCUAAUAACCCAUUGGCAACCGCCUGACUACAUGUGAAAACCUAAGGCCCACACCAAACCCUAUCCUGCUAAUAUAGAAAAUGCACUCGGUGGAACAAAUAUUUGAUGGGGUGGAGAAUAUUUUUUUGAAUUUCCCAGAUUUUUCAAAUGUAUUUUUUAUUUUUUUAGAUCUGUUUCUGCUUGUAAUUUCCAACAUUUCUGUAGGCUGUUUGUUAGUCAACUUGUCUAUAAUUAGAUCCACGCAGCUUCUCUUCUGACAUCAUAUGUUGCCCUAGAAGACUAAAUAAACCAUUACUCAACAGAAUGUCAUACAUUUAUUUUAUAGAAUGAAUGCUUCAAUCUAGUUGACAUCUAUAAAGUUUCUGUCAUCUCCAUUUGUGGAGCAAAGACGUUUUAGGGACCGGGGAUAAAAGACAAUAAUAGAAACAAAUAGAAAUGUCCAAACGACAUCAGUUUGACUGUUUGUAUGGAAAUAGAAAGCUGUGAAAACGACCCAAUGUUUCUGAAAAAGAGUUCAGUUUGGGCCGGAUGCAUAUUUUAUGUGGUUGAAAUAUAAUCAAUGUCUUUCACCUCCGACUCAUUGAAGUAGAAAUCUUUGUUCUUAAUCGAGGUUAGUGAUCGCUUUUCUGAUGUCCAGAAGAUCUUUUCUGUUAUAAGAAACGAUGACUGCAACAUUAUGUACAAAGAAAAGUUACGAUCAGCACAAAAAAAAAUAGCACAAUUGGUCAGGAGCUAUAAAAUGGUCACUUCCCUCCAGUGCCAUUCUGGGUUUUGUCCUUAGUUAUUUCAGUAGGGAAGGUUUCUGCCUGUUUAGUAUCACAGGUCUACUCGAUACCACAGGGUUUAUAAAGCAAUAAUCAUAAGCAAAUUUAGAAGCCAUCCAAUGAUGUUUCCACAUCGAUGUCCCCCCCCCCCCCCACACACUAACACACACACAAAAAACGUUUUCUUCUUCUCUU